UCCAGGGGUGCUAUUAACCUCCGUGUUCUCUAUAUUUCAGGCAUUAGUCUCUUACCAUGGGGGAUUGGAACUCAUUGGGUGACAUUCUAGAGGAAGUUCACUCCCACUCAACCAUCAUGGGGAAAAUCUGGCUGACCAUCCUCUUCAUUUUCCGAAUGCUGCUACUUGGUGUGGCUGCUGAAGAUGUUGGGGAUGAUGAACAGUCAGCCUUUGCCUGCAACACCCAGCAGCCAGGUUGCAACAAUAUCUGUUAUGAUGAUGCAUUCCCUAUCUCUUUGACCAGAUUCUGGGUUUUACUGAUCAUCUUCGUAUCUUCUCCCUUUCUGGUGUAUAUGGGCCAUGUCCUUUAUCGACUCAGGGCCUUUGAAAAGGAGAGGCAGAGGAAAAAGUCACACCUUAGAACCCACAUGGAGAAUCUAGGGCUGGAAUUGGAGGAGCAACAGGAUAGAGAACUGAGGAGGUUACAAGAGCAGAAGAGGAUCCAUAAAGUCCCUCCGAAAGGAUGUCUCCGCAUACUUGUCUUACACAUCUUGAUCAGACAUGUACUGGAAGUAGGGUUUAUGGUAGGCCAGUAUAUUCUCUAUGGGUUUCAAAUACACUCCCUCUACAAAUACACUCAACCUCCAUGCCCCAGUGGCGAUUGCCUUGUAUCCAGGCCCACAGAGAAGACCAUUUUCAUGCUCUUUGUGCACAGCAUUGCAGCCAUCUCUUUGCUCCUUAAUGUACUGGAAAUAUUCCAUCUGGGAAUCAGGAAAAUCAGGAGGGCACUUUCUGAGAAGUCAGGCAAUGAGGGCAUUGACGAUGAAAGGGCCCCUCCAUUUCAUUUGAGAAAAUAUUCAGUGCCUCAGCAAUAUAUGAUUUGCUCCCCCUUGUAUGAAAGAAUACUUCAAGCCAACAAUCAGCAACAAGUCAUCCAAGUCAGUGUGCCGAAGUCUAAAGCCUUGUGGCAAAUCCCACAACCCAAGCCACUUGAGGUAGAUCCUUGUGAUAGUGAAAAGGACUGGGCUGAGAAGGGUCAGCACAGCGGACAGCUCCACGUCCACAACCCACGUCCCUGGGAUGACUGUGCUAGAAUUCAGCACCCGGGACAGCAACCUGACCAUUCUUCCUUUGGCCUACAGAAUACCAUGUCCCAGUACUGGCUAGGCACAAUGAUGCCUUCUAGACAUUGUCCAUCCUAUGCAAUAGGAACCUGGGAACAGUCCCAGGACUGGCAACGCGCAGAGCCUCUCACAGGUUUGCACAGUCACUGCAGAGGCAGCGAUGGCAGCGUGAGAGAGAGUGGAGUCUGGAUAGACAGAUCUCGCUCAGGCAGUCGCAAAGGCAGCUUUCUGUCCAGGCUGCUAUCUGAAAAGGGACAGCUACACAGUGACUCAGCUAGCUUCAGUUCUCGGACUAGCUUGUGCUUUCUGCAUCAGUAAAACAGCCUUGCUCUACCUUCAGCCAAUGGGCACAGAACAUCAAUGGUAAGUAAAGACAGACUGACUGAUCAAGGAACUAUUACAAGAAGAGUUCCAUUUUGGCCCCUUCUAAGCCUUCCAUUUCUGUCUCCAUGGUGUGUAUAUGUCUGUGUUGAGAGAGAGGGAGAGGAGGAAGGGGAGGUUAAUUUAUAGAGAGUUAAAUUCAUUCAUUCAAGAAAUUCAACUCAUGAAAUAAACUUAAUUGAAAACUUUA